CUCAUGACAUUUUUAAUGAUAAAUGAUAAAAACUGCCAUGGACGACAACAAUUCUUUGGUGUACGGUCUGGAGUUUCAGUCUCGCGCUUUAGCAACACAACAGGUAGAGAGCAGCAAUGCUAGAUUCUUCUUGGCUACGCAAUCUUUGAAGCCAAAUAAUCAACUGCAUGUAGUAGACCUUAAUGAGGAUAAUUCAGCACUCGAACCGAAAGUAUUUUCCCAUCCGUUGGGUGAAGUUUGGAAACUAAAUGCUAGUCCACAUAAUGGUCAAAUACUCGCAUCCUGCUAUAGUAUCUUGAAAGGUACCCAGACUAUUAUGCAAACAGCGUUGUUGAGACUACCAGAACAUCUCAAUCCCGUUGAAGGAAGCCAAGAGUUUCUGCAGUUUGCAAAUGUCGAGAUACUGAACACUGAGGGAUAUGGUAGUGAAAUUCGUACAACCGAGUUCCACCCAACAGACGAGUCUUUGCUAAGCACGGUCAUUGAUGGCAAAAUUCUGUUGUUCAAUCGAGCUGAAGCCUCAAGUAAGGUAGUGGUAGAAAUUAAUGCGAAGAACUCGCCCCGUUUCUCUGGUGGUCGUUGGGCUCAUUUCAACCAGAGCAACCAAUUCAUAGCACUGUACGAUUGUAGCAUCAGAUCGUACGACAUAAGAGAUCCAAAUCAUUCGGCAUGGAUUAUCGAGGAUGCUCAUAGCCAAUUGAUUCGUGAUUUGGAUUGUAAUCCAAUCAAACAAUGGCACAUGGUUACGGGAGGGGACGACGGCACAAUGAAGAUCUGGGACUUCCGAAACACGAAGGAGCAUGUGUUCGCCAGGAGUGACCACAAUCAUUGGAUUUGGAAUGUACGAUACAACACCUACCACGAUCAGCUGCUGCUCUCAAGCAGUAGUGAUGGAAAGGUUCUACUUACCUGUGCCGGCAGUGUCAGCUCGGACACGCUAUUAUCUGAAUCCGGAAAUAUCAACAAGGAGCGGUUGGCGGAUGGUUUACUUCAAACGUACGAUCAACACGAAGACUCAGUGUACUGUGUAGAGUGGAGCACCGCUGAUCCAUGGUUAUUCGCAUCUCUUAGUUACGAUGGCAGAAUGGUCAUUUCAAAAGUUCCCAAGCAGUAUAAAUAUCAAAUUUUGUUAUAAUUAAUCGUAAGGACCUAGAGUGACGUGAUAAAUCCUAUUCGAAAUUAGUAAUAAGAGAUACUAUACAAUAAACAUAAAAU